GAGUUUAUUUGAUUUGAUAAUUAGUUAGAUUUUUCUUGACUAACUUUCCAGUCAACUUUCCAAUAAAGUUGUCUUUAUUGGAGGGAAAUAUUUUUGGCAGCUGGUCAAUCAGAUGCUAGAAACUUGCCUUACUUUCAAGUCCCUUAUGUCGUCUGAACCUGCCUUAUAUAAAUUAUGGUUGUACUAGCCUCAUUUUCGAAUAAGUAAAGUUAAAUCGACAAACGUGGGUUUUCGUAGACACUGUACGGGCUUUUGCAAAAAUAUUCUCAGUUUUCCCUAGGCUCUGCACAUGCGGUUUCGAUUCUUCACAUCGGUAACUUUAACGCAUGGCUUAAAUUUGUUUACGAAAAUUAGGAGGCCGAAAAGAAUAAAGUCCUUUCCGAUUACCCGAAAGUGAUUAAGUUUUGUAAACUGUGAUCACACAGAUUUUAAGUGAAUUUUAACAAUUUCAAAAAAACGUUGUUGAAACCCUUGCUCAUUAUUUUUAAGUUUGAAUAUUGAAAUAGAAAACGUUUUUUUUUUUAAAUAUUCUAGAUUCUUGAUGUGUGGCUAAAAUAGCAAUCUCUUUAAUUCAUAGUACUUCUCCUCCGGAAGGAACUUACCUAUUUUUCAAGAAAAGACCCACUGAUAAAUUAAGAUUAAGACAGAAAAUUGAUAGAAUAUAUGUUUUAAUUUGCACUUACGAAUUUUCACAUUUCAAUUUUGUACUUUUUUUUAUUUUUUAUUUUUUAUUUAAAAAAACAUAGGUAAGUAAUUUAUUAAAGCAAUAAAAUGCAUGUUUAUAAAAUAUUUUUUCUACUUUUCACUUGAAAUUAAUUUUAUUUGAUACAAUUUUUUUAAUAUCACAUAGCGAAGCAGCUCUGCAGCACAAAUAAUUAUAAAUAAAUAUAUAUGUACGUUUAAUUGGUAUUCGCUCGCACUGCCACUGUCGUUGUAUCUGCACACACUUAUUUUUUCGUAUGAUUUAAAUAUUGUACUUGCAAAAAUUCAGGAAACAAAUCGAACAAAAAUAUCACUUGUUGGUCAAUUAAGAAUCAAUUAUAUUAAGGUAUGGCUAAUACAGCACAGCUUUUGCGUCGCCAAAGCUCAAGGGACAUUCCGCUUAAAACGCAAAAGAGUAUUGAUAAUCUUGAGUUAAGGGAACUUCGAGGACGUUUAGUAAAAAAUGAACACGGCCAUGGUCAUUCUAGCCAUCCACCACUAUAUGGUGCAACGAAUCAAGCAUUCAUAUCAGAUAUUAUUCUGGAUGAACCAGAACCUGAUGAGACGGAUAAUUAUGCAGCAAAGCCUCCUGCAGCUGUCGUCGUCGAUGAUAUCGUUCAAGAAAAAGGCGAGGAUGAAAGAGAAAGUUGGGACAAUAAAGUAAUGUUCCUCCUAGCUACUAUAGGCUAUGCGGUUGGUCUAGGCAAUGUAUGGAGAUUCCCAUAUCUGGCACAAAAGAACGGCGGUGGAGCAUUUCUGGUACCAUAUUUUAUCAUGUUGUGUAUUCAAGGAAUACCUAUGUUUUACCUGGAACUUGCCAUUGGACAAAGACUGCGUAAAGGUGCUAUCGGUGUCUGGAGUCAAGUAUCUCCAUAUUUGGCUGGAAUUGGUAUCUCAUCGGCUGUUGUAAGCUACAUUGUAGCAUUGUAUUACAACACGAUUAUAGCGUGGUGUUUAAUUUACCUUUUACAUAGCUUCGAAUCGCCUUUACCUUGGGCUGAAUGUCCAACUCGACUGUAUAGCAAUUAUACUUAUGAUCAUGAGCCGGAAUGUGUGGCGUCAUCACCUACGCAGUACUAUUGGUAUCGUUCAACUUUACAAUGUUCGGAGAGUGUCAAUGAGCCUGAAAGUUUUAACUAUGCUAUGGCUAUAGCAUUAUUGGUCUCGUGGUUCUUGGUGUAUAUUUGUAUGGUGCAGGGUAUAACAUCUUCUGGAAAAAUCGUCUACAUGACUGCAAUUUUUCCCUAUGUAGUGUUGAUUAUUUUCUUCUUCCGUGGAAUUACUCUAAAAGGUGCAUCAGACGGUGUUAAACAUCUUUUCACACCACGCUGGGAGACGCUUUUAGAUCCAGUUGUUUGGCUAGAAGCUGGCACACAAAUAUUCUUCUCCCUUGGUCUAGCAUUUGGCGGCUUAAUUGCAUUCAGUUCCUAUAAUCCAGCAAAUAAUAAUUGCUAUCGAGAUGCUAUACUUGUGUCACUUACCAAUUGUGGUACUUCCAUGUUUGCCGGCGUUGUUGUAUUUUCGAUUAUUGGUUUCAAGGCGCAUGCAACUUUUGAUCGUUGUACAGAAGAAAGACUUCAUAUCCUUUCCAAUAAUAAAACAAAUGUCGAAUUACCAGAAUGUGAUUUGCAAAAGGAACUUGCCAAUAGUGCUUCCGGUACAGGUUUAGCAUUUAUCAUCUUCACCGAAGCUAUAAAUCAAUUUCCUGGAGCACAAAUUUGGGCCGUAUUAUUUUUCCUUAUGUUAUUUACGCUAGGAAUUGAUUCACAAUUUGGAACCCUAGAGGGCGUUGUUACGUCGCUAGUUGACAUGAAACUAUUUCCAAAUCUCUCUAAGGAGUACAUAAUCGGGGUUCUUUGCACCUCGUGUUGUAUGAUUUCCAUGUGCUUUGCAAACGGAGCGGGGAGUUAUAUAUUUCAACUGAUGGAUAGUUUUGCUGGCAACUUUCCACUUCUCAUCAUUGCACUGUCAGAGUGUCUUUCUAUAAGUUACAUUUAUGGAGUGCGAAGAUUUUCUGAUGACAUUGAAAUGAUGACCGGAUCAAGACCCUCAUUGUAUUGGAUGUUAUGCUGGAAAUAUAUAUCACCUAUUGCUAUGAUUUCAAUUUUGGCAGCUUCAUUUUUCCAGCUUAUCACAAACGGCAGCAGUUAUCCAGCAUGGAUAGGAGCUUUGGGUGCCACUGAACAAAUGGAAUGGCCUCAUUGGUGUAUUGUAGUAGCACUGUGUCUCAUAAUGUCGUCAAUCUUAUGGAUUCCCUUAGUUGCAAUAUGUCGAUUGUGUGGUGUUAAAAUAGUCGAAGACACCGAUCCAUCUUGGUUCCCAAGUGAAGAACUAAGAGAAGUCCAUGGAAUUGUCCCUCAUGAACCUACAGAUAUAGAAAGAAGUAUAUUUUGUUUUAAUAUGGAUGGAACGGAAGGAAUGUGUUGUCCUAAAUAUGGUCUUCCUGAGAAGGCACUCGAAGAAGAAGAAUAAUAAUUUAAAUAUAAUAAUUAAUAAACAAAAAAAACAACAAUGUAACAUAAAUACCACCGAAAAAGUGGUCAAAAGACAAUAAUUACAUUCGUACUCAAAAAUGACAAUAAUACCAAAAAGAGAACAUAGCACAAUAAUUUAGAAAACAAACAUAUUUCAGAUAUAAUUUAAUUUAAGAACGAUUUUAAAAUAUUAAUGUAUUUCGUUAGGAAUUUUAGAUUUCAUAAAACAUUAAAUGGACGGAUUUAGGUUCAAUUUACCCUAAAACAAGCUUUCAAAGUUUAAAUUUAAUUUUUUUAUAUUUGAUUUAAAAUAUUACAUCAACUCAAAAAAAAGUUUGUACAGCCUUUUAGGGACUUUUUUCAAACAAGGUUAUUAUUUUACGCAAUUUUCACUUAGUUUUAUUUACAUGAGUAACUUAAAUAGCCUAUUUUUCGAAACUGAAUAAAACGUUACUUUGGUAUAAUUUUAUAUAAAUGAGAAAAUACUGGGCAACGAGAAAGGAACACCCGUUUUAUUUUGUUUAAGUUAGAACUAUUUAAAUAUAAUGUUGAAGUACCUACCUUAACAAACUUAAACAAAGUUUUAUCUUCAUAAUACCUUCUUAUGUAACACUUGUCGCUUCAAAUCGAUAAAAAAUGUCUUUUUCAAUCGAUACAAAACUGUAUAAUGUCUUAAAAAAUAUACCUACAUACUUUUACAUUAAUACUCCGUGUCAUGGUUGUGUUUAAAUUUAUUUAACAGAUUUAAAACUUUUCAAUUGAAAUAAAUAAAUUAGAUAAUUUUACAAUAAGUUAAAUAAACAAAAACCAAAACAUAAAAUAUUUCCAUAAAACAACAAUAAUUGUCUUAAAAGAAUUCCUUAAUUAUUUAAACAUUUUUGUCAAUUUAUAUAAAUGAUGAAAAUGUUUAAAAAACUAAAGUAAUUUAUGAUAUUUAAUUAGUCGUAUUAAUUAAUCCAGCCUUAUUAAACGAUGACUAAUGGAUUCACAAAUGUACCUUUUGUAAAGUAAAAUGUUGAUAUUUGUUUGAUUUAAAAAAAAAAAACUAGGAAUCAAAAGUUAAACACAUAAAUAGUUACUUCUUAAAGGCAAAAGUUAUAUUAAAAAAUAAAGAAAUCUUUUAAAAAUAUUUGUUCUGUUUGUAAGUACCUAAUACAAGUAAAUUAAAAAAAUAAAAGAAACAUAUCUUUGUAAUCAUAAUGUCUGAUAAACAGAUAGUUUAAACUAAAUCAUCACUGGUCAUAGCAAUUUUUGUAACAGAAACCUCAGUUUUCUAAAUGUUUUGAUUUCGAUUCUAAUAGUUACAUUUAUUCCUAAAAAAUGGUAUUUUUGUACUAUUAGAUUAAAGCAAUCUGAAAACCUUUCGGAAGAUGGUUUCUGUUAAUUUUGUAGACUGUGUGUGUUAUAACCUAAAAAAAGACACAUUCAUAAUAAUGUGCAACCAUAUUAACGUCCAAAUAAUACCAACAAUAAAUUUAAAUUUUUUGAAUAAGUGUUAAAUGUACUGUAAAUGUAUUCGGAUAGAAAGGUUUUAAAAUUAUAUAUAUACAUUAAACGAUUUUACUAUUUACCAAAAACAAAAAUAAAUGUAAACAUCAAUUUUAAAUAAGUUAAAAAUAAUACCUACAUAUGUUAUUGGUUAAGAUUGUUUAGAAUCCUUUUAUUCUGAAUUAAAUUUUACCUAUUCACUUUUUGAAUUGCAAUGAUUUAUCAGAUACCAACCAUAUCGUUUACAAGAAAUAUGUUUUUAAGAAUGCCCCAAAGCUCUGCAAAAAUGUUUAAAUUAAUUUAAUAAAUUAAAAUUUACAUUUAGGAAAUGAUGUUAAAAAAGUUACGUACAUAAAACCCACCAAAACUAAAGUUGAGUUAUUUUAAUGAAACGAAUAAUUUAACUAUACAUAGGCUUCUUGAUGUCAUAGUAUUCAAUUUUUUACAAAUUUUGGAACGGAAAUUCAAACUUAAUGUAACUUAAAGCCAUACUUUAAACUUCAGACAAUAUUUUGUUUGAAAGAUAUUAAAAUAUUUGAUUUCUUAUUCUUUUUCAAUUGCGGUGUUUUGUUAGUGACGGAAUAUGUACAUUUACUGUUGUAUAGGGUAGUUAAUUUUUGGGCUACUAAUUUAAAGAAAAUUUAACAUAAAGAUACAUUUUGUAUUCAAAUUUUGUUUCAUAACAAGGUUUGUACUUUGCUAUAAGGUGUGGCAAACAAUAUCAUCGAAAUUGAUUUUUUUGAAACAAUUUUUGAACCCCACUUUCAAAAUUUCGGGCGGUAUAUCUGCCAUAUUUUUAGUAAAAUGUGAACUUUUAAUGCGUCUAGGACUAAGGAAUUAUUCGCGUGAUCAUAAUCUUUUGCGUAGCCCCACAAAAAAAAAUCUGUCGGUGUAAUCCCCAAAGGUAUCAAAUAACAUAGUUGCCAACGUAAAAUCACGAAACAAAUUACUUUACAUUUAGCAAUUUCUGAAUCAAAUUUUCGUGAUUGCGUCCUGUAAAAUUUGUUUUUGUUUAUUAAUUAGCCGCUCAAAUAAAACAAGACUUUUAAGACUAAUAAGUUCAGAAUAAAUUGCAAGAAAUUCUCUUCCACACUAAAACUAACGCCAUAUCCACUAUAUUAACAUUUGUUAAUAUAUAUAGUAGUUUAAUUAAUUGAUUUUUAUUUGUUUUUUUCUUAUAUAACAAACCUAAAUGAUGUAUGUGUGUAUGUUGGAGAAGAUGUGUAUA